AGGACCAGAGAGAAAACAAUGCUCACUGUCAUAUCUGAACACUGAACGCCAUCUCGGGGAGGGCUGAGCCUCAGCCGUGCACCUAUUUAGGAUUCAAAUCUGGAAGAAAGCCCAUGGGCUGUAGGACUGAGCAGCCAGGCGCGAGCGAAAACAAACAGCUGGGGCUGCGCGCGCCCCCACUCCGGCCCCCAGAGCAAGCCGGACCGCGCCCCCGCUCGGGGCGCCCGCCCGCCCACCAUGAGGAAGAUCCGCGCCAAUGCCAUCGCCAUCCUGACCGUCGCCUGGAUCCUGGGCACUUUCUACUACUUAUGGCAGGACAACCGAGCCCACGCAGCAUCCUCCGGCGGCCGGGGCGCGCAGAGGGCCGGCGGGAGGCCGGAGCAGCCCCGCGAGGACCGCACCAUCCCGCUCAUUGUGACAGGAACACCCUCCAGAGGCUUCGAUGAGAAGGCGUACCUGGCAGCCAAGCAGCUGAAGGCCGGAGAGGACCCUUACAGGCAGCAUGCCUUCAACCAGCUGGAGAGUGACAAGCUGAGCCCAGACCGAGCCAUCCGGGACACCCGCCAUUACAGUUGCCCAUCUGUGUCCUACUCUGCUGACCUGCCAGCCACCAGUGUCAUCAUCACCUUCCACAACGAGGCCCGCUCAACCCUCCUGCGCACGGUGAAGAGUGUCCUGAACCGAACUCCAGCCAGCCUGAUCCAGGAGAUCAUUUUAGUGGAUGACUUCAGUUCAGACCCUGAAGACUGUCUGCUUCUGACCAGGAUCCCCAAGGUCAAGUGCCUGCGCAAUGAUCGGCGGGAAGGGCUGAUCCGGUCCCGAGUUCGUGGGGCAGAUGUGGCCACAGCUGCCGUCCUCACCUUUCUGGACAGCCACUGCGAAGUGAACACUGAGUGGCUGCAGCCCAUGCUGCAGCGGGUGAAGGAGGACCACACCCGUGUGGUGAGCCCCAUCAUUGAUGUCAUCAGUCUGGAUAAUUUUGCCUACCUCGCUGCCUCUGCUGACCUUCGUGGAGGAUUUGACUGGAGCCUACAUUUCAAGUGGGAGCAGAUUCCUCUGGAACAGAAGAUUGCCCGGACCGAUCCCACCAAGCCCAUAAGGACCCCUGUCAUAGCUGGAGGAAUCUUCGUGAUUGACAAGUCCUGGUUUAACCACUUGGGAAAGUAUGAUGCCCAGAUGGACAUCUGGGGGGGUGAGAAUUUUGAGCUCUCCUUCAGGGUGUGGAUGUGCGGUGGGAGCUUGGAGAUCGUGCCCUGCAGCCGGGUGGGCCACGUCUUCAGGAAACGGCACCCCUACAACUUCCCUGAGGGCAAUGCCCUCACCUAUAUCAGGAAUACCAAGCGCACUGCAGAGGUGUGGAUGGAUGAAUACAAGCAGUAUUACUACGAGGCCCGGCCCUCAGCCAUCGGGAAGGCCUUUGGCAGCGUGGCCACGCGGAUUGAGCAGAGGAAGAAGAUGAACUGCAAAUCCUUCCGCUGGUACCUGGAUAAUGUCUACCCAGAGCUCACAGUCCCGGUGAAGGAAGUGCUCCCUGGCAUCAUUAAGCAAGGGGUUAAUUGCUUAGAAUCCCAGGGCCAGGACUCAGCUGGGAACUUCCUGCUUGGAAUGGGGAUCUGCAGAGGGUCUGCCAAGAACCCCCCAGCACCCCAGGCAUGGCUGUUCAGUGACCAUCUCAUCCAGCAGCAGGGGAAGUGCCUGACUGCCACCUCCACCUCCAUCACCCCAGGAUCCCUGGUCAUACUGCAGGUGUGCAACCCGAGAGAAGGCAGGCAGAGGUGGAGGAGAAAAGCCUCUUUCAUCCAGCACUCAGUCAGCGGCCUCUGCCUGGAAGCCAAGCCCGCCCAGCUGGUGACCAGCAAGUGCCAGACCGACGCCCCAGCCCAGCAGUGGCAGCUGUUGCCGCACACAUGACGGUAGCCCGGGGCCUCCUGUACCUUUUGCAUGAGACUUUGGGACUGGAAGCGGGUUAGGGUGGGGGAAUGUAAAGCAGGCCGUUCCCAUCUCCUCACAUUUCUGCCGGAAUCAUCAGCAAACACCCCUGCCACGACACACGUUUCUCCAAAGCUUGUUUGGGGCGGGCACAGGGGAGCAGGCCCUGAGCAGGCUGCCGUCCCUGCCUUGCCCCAGAAGAGAAGGUCAGGAUGCUGGACUGCUGCUGGGAGAGACUGGGCAGGCCCCGUGGCCCUUUGUCCCCUCCUUUCACCCUCCUGGGGUCCUGGACAGUGUUUUGCGGGCCCUCCCCUGUUGGCUGGGGAGAGAAGGACAGAAGCCCACAGAGGGCCCCCACGGGAUCACAGGGCCCACCUGUGGGAUCAGCAUGUGGGCAGCAUGGCUGGGGAGGCUGUGGGCAGGAGCAGGGAGAGGCAGCUGGAGAACAGGAAGGAGGUCAGAAGCUCCAUGGCCUGUCCCAGGCAGGUGCUGGGCUGAGUGUGGGAGGGAUGGAUCUGGAGCAAAGGAUGAAUAAUUUGAAGAAGGAUGUGGAUGGAAAAGCAGCAGAGCACCAAAAGAAUUAGUUUCUUCCCAACAACCCACAGUUCGUCCCAUGCCAUGUCAACCCUGGGCAUUGUGCCCUGCACUCUGGUCUCCACAUUCCCAGCAAGAGGCUGCCGAGGGGGUCUGCACGGGCAGCCUUGGGACACAGUUUAUUAAACAGAUCCCACUUCUGUUUGGCCAUGUGUCAGGCCAAAACCUUUCUCUUGGGCCUUAAGACCUGCUGGUGCCCUGUUCCCUCUGCCUGAGCCUAUGGUGAUGACCGUGUAAGGGCAGGCAGCCACCAGUGCACCACUGAGCAGCCCCCAUCGUCAUCCAGACUUUCUGACUCCUGCCUUCUCAACAGCCUUUGCCUCUGUAAAUGCAGCAUUAUGGUGUCGAGGCGGCUGGGAAGAACAGGACCUCCCUUCUGGAGCUAAGACACUCCAGAAGGAGUCACUCCCGAAGACAUUAGGGAGUAAGUCCUGUGGCCUAAGCCUCAUCCUCACCCCUCCCCACUGCAGGAGGGAGUUCUGAGAGGGUCAGUUCCCACAGUGAGGGGUGGGGGCAGGAGCUGACUGGCGUCUCUCCUCUGUGUGGAGAAUCCCCGGUUUCUUCUCACGGCCACUGGGCUCAGGGCCUGGUCUUGGAAACGUUUCUGCUGUUCUCAUAUUCUCUUCCCCAACCCUACUGGCUCAGGCAGUGUGAUCUUUGGCAAAAGACCAGGGAUAUGAGGACCCCUGGGCAUCCCCCUCCCAAAGCAAAUCAGCCUGAGACCUCUAGGGAGUUCAUGGAUUCCAGAGGGCCUGGGAAUCUCCUGAAAUUGUCCCCCAGAUAGUGCAUGUGUGUGCAUAUGCGCAUUUUCCUGGAGAGAGAGGGUCCAUGGAUUUCCCCAGCUUCUUACAGAGGUCCCUGGUCCCCAGAGGAUCUGAACCUCUGCUCUAGAUUGGAGCAAGCUGCCAUGCCCCUUCUCCCUCCCUGGCGUGCCUAGACUGCUAGGGUCCUGCUCCUCCACGUGGCCCACAGGCCAGCAGCCCCACCUGGGGGGGUCUCAGUGGCUUCUUGUCACCCCCUGGCUCUCACUAGGCCCUCACAAGCAGUGCUCUUGUGCCCCAGCACGGGGCCCUUGGCCCCCAGGGCCACCAUCUUGCAUCCUCUGUCGCCACGUUUCUUCCACCCCCAUCUCUGUUGUACGUGUCUCUCCCCCUCCCACAGGCAGUGUGGACCCUUGGGGAUGGGGGGGCACAGCUUCCCUCACUGAAUGUAAGGGGGCUACUGAUCAGAGAAGCCUCUGAGAACUCCUUGCUUCCCCCUGGUCAGACUGCGCUUGUCAGCCACCCCUUGUGGGACUCAGCCCUGGUCUAUUCUUGCUUUUCCUCUCCUUGAGCAAAGCAUGUGCCACUAGCUGUCCCUGAGGGCCUUGUCUUUAUGAAACACACACUUGGAAUAAAACCACUUCUCACAUGUA